UAUCUGAAUUGGACCAACUUUGGUACAUUUGUACCGCAUGUGUGGCAACUGUGUGCUUUAUUGCGAGCAGGUGGCAACACCUGAAACGCAAGUACAGUGCUUCUUCUUAAUUUGUGAUUUACAUUUACAGCGCAUUUAUAAUUUUUUUUUUUUUUUAUUUUAUUAUUUAAUAAAUUCACUCAAACUUUUAAACUUGUGUUUUAUUUUAUUUUCGUUAAGCUGCUUUCAUUCUGAGCCGAAUUUAUUUAACCUCGUUUCUCUAUCACACCUCGUUAUAACUACAGCCACAGCCACAUCUACAUCGGUCGCUCCACAGGUAAUUCCUCCACGUAAACGCGGUCGCCCUAAAACAAAGGUAGACGAUGCCCAGCCGAAACUCAAACUGCUCGAUAAGCUCAAGGCUGCCACUGAGAAUCAAGCUGCCAGCAGGCCAGCUGUAUAUGCCUCCACCACUAAAGGUGGCGUAAAACUGGUCUAUGAGGGGCAUCUGUUUAAGUUUUCGUUCCGCAAGGCCGAAUUCUCAGUGUUCCAGUGCUGUUUCAGAGAGCACGGAGAGGAGUGCAAAGUGCGCGUCGUAUGCGACCAGAAGAAUGUCUUUCCCUUCGAUGGAGAACACGUGCACUUCAUGCAGGCCAGCGAUAAAAGCGUCACUUCAUCCCAAUUCAUGCCUGGCGAGGGAAUUGUCAAACCUGCGGAGCCCAAGCCGGAGGCAAAAGUGGAAAUACUUAUACAAAAGAGCUCAACGAAUGACGAGAACGCGGAUGAAGAGGAGGAGGGCGAAGUUUUUGAAAUACAUGAAAUUGAGGAGGCUGAAUUGAGUGAAGCUGCAGCUGACGGAGGAACAGUGGAAAACUCGACUCCAAAGCCCGCUCAGAACGAAGAAGUCGAUCCAACCGAUUUCCGUGAGCGGAUAAAACGUCGCCUGCAGAAAGCUCUGCAGAACAAGAAGAAAUAACAAAUGGGACAAAAUCUGGAUGCUUACCUAUAUAAAUUCGAUUUAUACAUGUUUUACACUAUACACUAUAUGCAAUUACACAUAUAUAUAUAUUUUACUUAAUAAUCACGUUUCGAGCAAAUUCGCAAGCUGCUCGUUAUACAAAAGCACAAAGCAAUACAA